UUUGCUAGCUUUUCUUCCCCCCAUUGUUAGAGUGAGAAACCGAAACUCCAACAAAGAAAGAGCGUGUGAGUGUGAGUGUGAGUGUGAUCGUGAUCGUGAUCGUGUGUGCUCGCGUUCACCCGGUGAUGUGCAACAAGAACAGUUCCUCUUCUUCUUCCUCGGACAUUCAAGCAGCCUCUGUCGUGAACAUGAAGAGGACGCGAAAACAGAACAGAAAGUAUUUCUCUUCGCCCUCGGGUUCGGGUUCUUCUUCCUCGUCUUCGUCUCUUAAGCCGCUUAAGCGCGGGAACAGGACGAAGACGAGGAAGCCCAAGUUCGUAAGCCUGCGUCUUCAGCUGUCCGAGUCUAAUAAAAACGCGGCCCAGCCCAAGCCCAAGGCCCAGGUCCAGGCCCAGGGCGAAGGCCCGCAGCCGCAGCUGAAUCUCUUCCCUCUGCAUCCGGAGAGUCACGACAUGCAGGAGGAGCAGAACGUGGCGCUGUUGUUCAGCUCGGACGGGGGCGGGAGCCUGAACGGGCUGCUGGAGGACGAGUCGACGACGACGACGACGUCUCCGUCGGAGGAGGAGGGGUCGCUGUCGGCGCUGACGUGUCCGGCGGAGGACGCGGGGAACUGGCUGGUGAGGAAGGCGAUGCGGCGGAGGGAGAGCGAGGAGGGGAGUGAGGAGAGGUGGGUGUGUUACUCGGAGGUGGUGGAGGAGAAGAAGGAGGUGAUGGAGGAGGUGACGAGUUAUUGCGUCACGGGGAAAACGACGUCGUCUGGGUUGUUGUCCUUGAAGCUGGAUCACGAAGGGAUAUUGAAUGCUUGGUCUGAUAAAGGCUCCCUCUAUGUCGCCGGGGAAGAGGCCCCACAGACUGUGCCUGACUUUCUCACUGGUCUCGUCAUUCAUAAUGCCUUCGUCCCCCAUGUUGCAUGGGAAGGUUGGGGGAGUGGUAGUGUUGGGAACGCAUGGAGUGUUCCUGAAAUUUGUGGGGCCAACAAGGUGAAGGAAGAAACGGGUUAUUGGAAGCUGGGGCAGAGAGAGGCAAGUGUGCAGAGAUACAAGGAAAAGAGGCAAAGCAGGCUCUUCUCAAAGAAGAUCCGUUACGAAGUUCGCAAGCUCAAUGCUGAGAAACGACCCAGGAUGAAGGGACGGUUUGUGAAGAGGGAAGGAGAAGUGUAGAAGCAAAUAGGCACGUACGAUUAAUAAUAAGAAUGUUGUGAUAUUACAGCGUUGGAAUAGAAUUUUUCGUGUCUUCUCUUUCUGGUAUAGCUGGGGUGCUUAAUUUAUUGAUGCAAAUGUUGUAGAUAUAGAAUUAUGCCAUGUAAAAUCCCAAUGGAAAGCUAUGUUCAACUGCUGUACUGGCGCAACAUGUAAGGGGCAGUUUCUAGACCUUUGAUUGAAUGAAUUUGACGAAGUUUUGCAUGUGUUAAUUUGAUCUCAAUCCAAGGCUUUAGAAACAGUCAAGCAUGUUGUACAAGUACAACAACAAAUGUAUAGGUUGCUCUCAAGACUUGUACAUGUCUCUCCAAAAUUAAAUAUUUGAAACAUCCAAAGAAGCUUAAAAUACUGGGUGGGGGCUCAGAAUUGAACCUUAAGUCGGACAUCAACGCAGGAGGAAGUGUGUUGUGUGACUACAAGUCCCACUGAUAUAUCUUGACAUAAAAAUAAAAUAAAGAUAAUAAGUAUGAAUGAGUAUUCUUUA